AUGUCCGGACUUGCAACGGUCGAAGAGGGAAGCACACCUUCACAUGAAAAACCAGCCAUGACGGCGACAGAGGGUGAGCAACGUCGUCAUCAGAAAAUGACCCUCGUCGAUCAAGUGUUACGCUGGCCCGCCUUUGGAGCAAUAUCACAAGCGGACCAACCUCUUGGUAACAGAGACGACGAGUUGGUCAUGAUCACGGAAGUGGAGGGAUCAUCGGACAAAAAGGAACCGUCGGAGACCCCUCCCCUGAGUACCAGAGACAUCUCGCAUUACGUCGAGGUAUAUCGGCAGAGAACAUUCCCGGUUUACCCAUUCCUGAACUUCGAAAAGCUCCGUCUGGCCUGCAACUCCUUCGCGUUCUUUGCAAAAACAGCACACAACCGCCCACAAUACAAUCUCCAUUACGCACUCGCGCUUCUCGUCAUCGCUCUCGGCCAGCUACACGAGCACGGUCUCUCGCCAGGUUCACUGUCGACGCCGGGGAGGGAGUCCGUCGACAAGGCACUACGGAUCCUCGCGAGGGAGCCCGGCGGCUGUUCCAUCUUCUCCGUCCAAGCAAAACUGCUGGCCACCAUUUACAUGUGCCACGUGUUGGAGAUAAACUCUGGCAUAAGAUGCUUGGAGAGUGCGUGCCUCGCACUUGAAAUUUCAAUGACGCACCGGCCGGAGGUCGACGAGGAGGAAAAGAACCUCAGACUUUUUGCGUACUGGACCUGCCUGGACCUUCACAGGGUCAUCCACUCACAGAUCGUGGGGGAGUUUUUCCCUCUGUGCAACGUCGGAUUUUGGACCUGGGAGCGUCCCGAGUUGCCCGGGGACACCUCGAUCGGAAUCGCCCCGGAAGCCGCCAAGGAAGUCUGUCGGCAUUUCAACCAUCGAAUUCGGCUCAGACGACAACAAAUGAAGGUCUUGUCCACGAGUUACCCUUUGAAUCCAGAUGUCCAUCACGUCCCUGACUGGGAUGAGAUGGCGAGAUUGGAAGCCGAGCUCGUCGGCACCAGGCUCAUGCUAAGGGGGGACAGCUGGGAAGACACCGAGGGUUCGGGGCAGGUCUUGUCUCCCGAAAAGGCCUCGUUGAGAGCCUUGUUCUACGAGACGCGAUUUCUGGUGUGGCUACCCGCUCUGCAGUACGCCCAACACAAUCCCGACGCCGCCACCGAGUACCUGUACGGUUCCGGUACUUGCGCCGACGCGGCCUACCGCUACUCGACCGUCCUCGACAACCUCAAUCUAUUCUCGUGCAUCGACACGUACAGUUGGAUGUCAACACAACUUACCGUCCUACUCAUCCUUCACAUCGCCAGACCUUCGGGCAAGCUGGACUCGUCUUCGGUCGGGCAGGCGAUGCUGGCUUUGACAGAUCGCAUAGAUCAGGCGUAUGGACGCUCGAAAAAUUACUCUCCCACCUUGGACACGCUCAUCGCGGUCAUCAAGCAAGCUCUUCUCAAAGUCGGACGAGACACCUGCGCUGGAGGACCACCUUGA